AUGAGUGAUAUUGGAGUUAACACAGGAACCACCAUCAGUGAUAUUGCGCCAGAUGCAAACAACACAAAAAUCUUGGAAGCAAAGCCCUUAGACAACAAUAAUGCCGUCUCUGCUAAUCCUCACAUUCCAUCCGUCUCGGCUUCCGCUGUUCUAGGAGAGAGCGAAUCCCUGCCGGAAUCGACUCCGAAAUGUAAGGGUGUUGAAUUCAACAACUUGUCAUCGGAAAAUAUGUUGACGGCAAUUAUGGAAUCAUUCAAGACAACUGGAUUCCAGGCUACCAACUUGGGGUUGGCGGUUGAUCAAAUCCAUGAAAUGAGAAAAUGGAGACUCAGUGAUGUGAAAUGGAAGGAAGGUGACGACCCAGCGCUAAAGCCAAAGGAAUUGCGUGAGCGUAUCCGAGCUAGGAUCUUUCUAGCCUAUACCUCUAACCAGAUUUCUUCGGGACAACGGGAAGUCCUUCGAUUCUUGGUCCAACACAAAAUGGUCGAUUGCAUCGUUACCACGGCAGGGGGGGUUGAAGAAGAUAUCAUGAAGUGUUUCCAACCUACUUUCAUGGGGGAUUUCAAGCUUAAUGGAAGAGAGUUGCGAAAAAAGGGAAUCAACCGCAUUGGAAACCUACUAGUCCCCAACAAGAACUAUUGUGAGUUCGAAGAUUGGUGCAGCCCUCUGCUUGAUAAGAUGCACGACGAACAAGACGAACAGUGGGCCAAAUGGGCCAUGGAGUUUGCCUCCCGCGACAAGGACGACAAGUCAACCCUUGAAAAGUUUGUCUGGACCCCCUCCAAGAUCAUCCAUCGCAUGGGCAAGGAGAUCAACAACGAGGAGAGUGUCCUAUACUGGGCUGCCACAAAUGACAUUCCUGUCCUGUGUCCUGCCUUGACAGACGGAAGCGUUGGGGACAUGUUGUACUUCCAAUCGUACAAAAGACCCGGCUUUGUUUUGGAUAUCAAUGAAGACAUUCGCCGCAUCAACGACUUGGCCGUCCGAAGUCAUGCCACGGGGCAAAUCAUUUUGGGUGGUGGUUUGGUGAAGCACCAUACCUGCAAUGCUAACUUGAUGCGCAAUGGUGCCGACUAUUCAGUCUACAUCAACACGGGAUCUGAAUUUGAUGGUAGCGACAGCGGGGCUUCGCCCGACGAAGCCAUUAGUUGGGGAAAGAUUCGCAUUACAGCAAAACCAGUCAAAGUAACGAUGGAAGCCACCGUUGCUUUCCCAUUGAUUGUUAGUCAAACCUUCGCAAAGGAUGUGGAGCAGUGGAAAGAAGCCACUAAGAAUACCGUUUGCCACGUUGACGAUCUUGGCUAA